UGGAAUGCUGAAGGGAAAAUUAUAGAUUUUAAUACUGAAGGAAAUAAAGCAAAAUCUAAAGAAAAUUCAGCUCGAAGUACAGCAGGCUGUUUGCCUGUUCCAUUGUUCAAUCAGAAAAAGAGGAACCAACAGCCAUUAACUUCCAAUCCACUUAAAGAUGAUCCACGUAUCAGUACUCCUGACAAUUUUGAUUUUCCUCCUCUACCUGCAGAUUGGGCCUGGGAAGCUAUGAAUCCAGUGUUGGCUCCUGUAAUAAAAACAAUGGACACUGGGCAAAUACCACCUUCAGUUUCUCAUCCUCUGAGAAGUCAGGAUUCUGUCUUUAACUCUGUUCAAUCAAAAUCUGAAAGAAGCCAGAGUGGUUGGAGCUACAAAGAUGGCAACAAAACUACCAACUUGAAAACUUGGAAUGAAAAUGAUUUUAGGCCUCAGUGUAAACAAACAAACUUAGUGGCAAAUGACGGAAAAAAUUCCUGUCCAAUGAGUUUGGGAGCUCAGCAACAAAAACAGUUAAGAAUGCCUGAACCUUCUAACUUAUCUCGCAACAAAGAAACUGAGCUACCUAGACCAACACAUUCAUCAAAAAUAUCUGGUUCCACAAUGAGAGGGCUAGACAAAAACAGUGCAUUACAGACAUUUAAGCCCAAUUUUCAACAAAAUCAAUAUAAGAAACAAAUGUUGGAUGAUUUUCCAGGAGAAAACACUCUGAAGAUAAAUGAAACCUCAUUGUAUCAGGUUCAGUUUAAGGAAAAAGACAAUUCUUUAAGAAUUAUUUCUGCAGUUAUUGAAAGCAUGAAGUAUUGGCAUGAACAUGUUCAGAAAACUGUACUUCUUUUUGAAGUAUUAGCUGUUCUUGAUUCGGCUGUUACACCUGGCCUAUAUUAUUCAAAGACUUUUCUUCUGAGGGAUGGGAAAAAUACUCUGCCUUGUGUAUUUUAUGAAAUUGAUCGUGAACUUCCAAGACUGAUUAGAGGCCGAGUUCAUAGAUGUGUUGGCAAAUAUGACCAGAAAAAGAACAUUUUCAAAUGUGUUUCAGUCGGACUGGCAUCUGUUUCUGAACAAAAAACUUUACAGGCAUUUGUCAAAAUUGCAGAUGUUGAGAUGCAGUAUUAUGUUAAUGUAACAAAUGAAUCUUAAGUAGGGAUAAAGGAAGUUUAAAUAGCAUAAAUUAUAGCAGUUUUCUGUUAUUGCUUAAUUUACCAUCUCCGUAGUUUUAUAGCUACUGUUUUCCUGUAUUUCAUUUGUUGCAUUAAAGUAUUUGAAUCCUUUUAAA